AUGACCGAGCCCGCCGAGCUGCUGCUCAUCAAGGACCAGUACGACUCGGCGUUCCGCUCCCUGAGCCGCGGCCUGGCUGCCGAAGAGGCCGGCAAGAGAGCGGAGGCCCUGGUGCUUUACAGGAAAUGUCGACAGCACCUCGCCCAAGGCCUGGAAGUCCCCAUUGGAGGGGAGAAGCGACUGGGCGCAGACUGGGACCGGGCCAGGCAUCUUCAGCAGAAGAUGAGGGAAACUCUGGGGACUGUCGACACCCAAAUCUCUGACCUGGAGACCAAUCAGCUGACGAAAGGAUGGCAGAGGGUCCGCCUUUUGAUGAACUUUCCUCCCAAUCUGUACCCAGCGCUGCCACCAAGCAGCCAUCCUCUACAAAGCUCCCUCAAGCGUAUGUACCCCACUCUACCUGCUCCCACCCAGAACACAACCCCCACAGCCCCUCCCAGGCCUCCUCCCCCUGCUGCGCUGCGCGCUCUCCCUGCAGCGUCGCCGGGAACUUUAGCAAUGGCGAACUCAGGAGACCAACCUCCAGCAUACACACCGCGGCCAACUGCCGGCCACCGGAUCCUGUCCUUCGGCCACGCCGGAGCCGGCCUCGGGCCUGGACGGCGGACCGGAGCAGCGGCAGCAGGAAAUGGAAACGAGCUGCUCUUCAUCUCCUCCGGGGUGCAGAUGUUUUUCGUGGCACCAAACGGGCAGGUCAGCUCCAUGACUUAUCCAGGCUACCUUCGCAUCAUCACAUUUGACUCCCAGCACAAGGACGCCACUGCUGGAAGACCCUCGACAUUUCUACAUGUGUGUGAUUGGCUUUACCCGCUGACGGCAGCCACGCCAGUGCUGUUGGCUAACUCCGGGAUCUUCAUGUUCCCUGACACGUUGUCGGAGACGCCAGGGUCCUACGUCGGCAUCGUGUUGUCCUCCGAACUGCCUGCUGCACAUCGAGAGACAUUUCAGGACCUCCUCUCACAGACAGCUGACCUCAGGGUCCAGGGUCCAGAGGGGGAAGGGUCAGAGGUCAUCGACCUGAGUGGGAAAAUCCCCCUUGGUCCCAUGAAAGAGCAUGAAGGACUUACAUUGCCAACAGGGGAGAAGGACAAACCCCCACUCCCUGGAUGGAGUGAGAAGAUGGCGCAAGGAAUCUUGACAGGAGCUACACAUUUGAGUGUAGGGCUUGUAAAAGGAGCGGAGGCCACUGGUAGGGCCAUUCAUAUAGGAGCAGCCAAGAUCCGGGACCACAUCACGCCUGAGGAAACUCCUUCAGAGGUCAGCCCCCGUGUCACCAAAGGUCUGCAGGCUACCAAACAGGCCACCGGGGGUGCUGUACGAGUCAGCCAGUUCUUAGUGAGUGGAGUGAGCACCGUGGUCGGACACGUGGCAGACAAGAUGGCUCCCCAUAUACAGAAGCAGGGCGCUAAGCUGGUCCCAGAGUCUAUGAAGAAGAACAAAGACAGCGGCCCUUCCAACUGGGAUGGAGCCAAGUUUGUGGCAAUAAGCAGUGUACAAGGUUUAUCUACUGUUUGGUCUAGUCUGGAGUCCGGAGCUAAGCUAGUUGGCAAAAGUGUGACAGCAGAGACUGUGACGACGGUGACCUACAAGUACGGUAACGAUACAGGUGCAGCUACAGACACUGCUCUCAAGUCAGUGGUCAAUAUUGGUGUGACUGCAUACAACAUUGACCAUCUGAUCAUCAACGGCUUACUGAAGGCUGCAGAAAAGAGGUGGGCCACGGACAUCACGCCGAAGGGACAGCCGGCACAAACUGAGGGAAAGGAGGCACAGAAACGAGAACAUCAACUAGAGACACAUGGGAAAGAAAAGCAGAAGAAAAAGGAGACGGAGAAGUAAAAUAAAGGAUUCCCACAGACAGUGUUCUGUCAGAUUGAUGAGCCAACUCCUCAUUUGCAUUGUUAUUCAUCUAACUGUUCCUCUCUUCAGGGGAUAUUAUUCAAAUUAUUUGUGAAUGUAAAAACAAUAAUGAAAAUAUUGGAAUAAGCUAAAGUAAAAAUGCUCAUUUACUUCACAAGUUAUGAAAGGUAUGUUUAUAUAGGUAGGCAUUUGCUGCAUUGUCUUGUGUUACAUGUAUUAUUUUCUUGGUGGUAUUUUAGGUUGUCAUGAUGUAUUUAUGUGUAAAAGUUGUGUAUAUGUUUUACAGCCAGUAUGACAAAGAAUCUCUGAAGUUUACCAGUCAACAUAUAGACUUGCAUAUUGACCACCUUUAUGAUAUGUAUGAAAGUGCAAUAAUAAUGUUGAACAAACACAUGUUGUACAUGAAUAUCUAAAAUGCACAUUUUAACCAAACCAGAGAUACAUUAUUAUAGUGGAUGUUUCUCGAAAGGUUUUCUUACAGAAAACAAAAAUAUAUGCUCUCUUUCUGACACACCUGUUGUUUUUUCCAGUUACAAUAAUAUACUCUGCAAAAUAUAUGAAUGAACAUGUUUAUAUCGUGUGUUAACAGUUGAAUUACGGGUAUACAGAGGAAGGUAAUGUCAUGCCGAGUUAAGUGCACAAUUAGCUUUAUACAAAUGUUUGAAUAAAUAUAUCACUGUAUGUGA